UAUUAUAUUCAUGGUCUAACUUAAAUUUUCAGAUUUUUGAUGAGCAAGUCAAAUAUCCUUAAACAAUAGGGUUGUUCCUGUCUAUGAGGGAAGUACUACAUUUGAAAUGGAUGUGAGAGAGACACAGGCUAGUUUAGGAAGUGCAGGAGAUGGUUUGUUAGAGACACGGUAUAUGACUGAAGCAGGUAGUUCCGAAAAGGAACAAAAUGAUCACGAAAUUGAAGAUUCCAACUACAAAGCUGGACGGUCUAAGAGGACAAAAGAUGUAACACUAUCCAAUGGUAUAAAGAGGCAAACUAGUUCUGUUGGUAGUGUUUCUGUAACAUUCUCAGACAGUUUGAGAAAGGACAACAUCCGGGAUGUCCCAAGCAGCCCAUGUAGAUUAUAUAGAGAUAUUAGUGUGGAUUUAUGGCUGAUUAUUCGGGAUGAUCUAGUCGCUGACCUUGAAUAUCAGCUGAAGUUGACCCCAGAGCGAAUCAGUGUCACAGACAAUGCUGGUAACACACCUGUUCAUGUUGCUGCUAAGUACAACAGAGUUAGGUCCCUUGCUGUACUGCUUCAGUUCAAAGCACAUCCAAAUGCAGCAGGACCCUAUGACAUGUACCCACUCCACCUGGCAGCCAAGUAUAAUUCUAUAGAAGCUGCCAAGUACCUGUUAGAGCAUGGAGCUAACAUCAUGUGCCGGGACUGUAAACAAAAAACGCCCCUUCAUCAUGCAGCUAGGAAAGGCCAUGUUGGCAUGGUUGAGAUGCUGUUAUUUACUGAGGGGUGUGCAAUAGAUUGUAAAGAUGAAGACCGUCUUACACCAUUGCAUGAAGCUUGUCAACUAAAGCAGUCUCUUGUAGCUAAAUACUUGAUUGACCAUGGAGCUGAUACAAAUGCAAGGGAUAUCUCUGACAGUACACCACUGCUGUUUGCUGCAGCCGAGGGGCUUACUGAUAUCAUAGAUAUAAUUCUAGAGAAAGCUCAGAAAUGGAGAGGUGUAGCUGGUAAGAACGCAGUGCUGAACCAUGUUGAUAAUGAGGGAACCAGUGCUCUUCAUCUUGCUGUACAGAAUUAUCAAAUGGAGGUUAUAGACCUGUUGAUUGAACAUGGAGCAGAAAUCAACAUGCAGAAUAACACAAACUAUACCCCACUGCAUAUGGCUGUGAUUGGUGGACAGAUAAACAUUGUGAAUCAGUUACUGGACAAAGGGGCAGACAUGGAAGCCAGAGAUGGAGAUCACAUGACCCCAGUACACAGGUGUGCUAUGUAUGGUAAGAAAGAUGUCCUUCAAGUUUUGCUGCAGAAGGGAGCUAAUUGCAAUGCUCGGACCAGUGAGCAGAUGACUCCACUAUUGGUUGCCUCGUGGAAAGGUCAUACUUCAGUUGUUGAGUACCUUUUGUACCACAAGGCCAAGGUCACUGCUACAGAUAGUUGUAUGAGGACUGCAUUACACUGGACAGUAGACCAAGGUCACUACCAUAUACUCCAAUUACUUAUGAAGAAUGGAGGAGAGGAGCUGCUGAGUGCUAUGGAUCACAGAGACCAGACUGUAGCUCACUAUGCUGCCAGGACUGGUAACACUAUGAUGAUGAAGUUGUUGAUAGACUUUGGUGUGAAUCUAGCAACCAGAGAUCAAGAUGGCAAAACACCACUACAUAUUGCUGCUGAGUGUGGUAAUUACACGUGUGUUGAGAUGCAGAUAGACACAAGUAAGUCAGAGUUAAAUGAUGGCGACAGUGAUGGGCGUACACCACUCAUGCUGGCAUGUCUCAGUGGUCACUUCAAGGCUGCAAGGUCACUGCUUGCUCUAGGGGCAGACAACUCUGUAAGGGAUGAGAAUUACUGUACAGCCAUGAUUUUAUCAGCAUCUAAAGGUCAUGUGAAGGUCAUGCAGCUAUUAAUAGAUAACCUUACAGAGGUCAAUGUCUGUGAUAAACUGAAGAAUACUGCAUUACAUAUGAGUGCUGCAGGUGGCCAUGUUGACGCAGUGCGACUAUUGUUAAACAAGAAUGCUUCCCCGACCAUGUUGAACAGCUACAAGAAGUCUGCCCUAGACAUGGCACUAGACUACGAGCAAGUUGAUGUUGCUAUAGCCAUGAUGAAACAUAAAAAGUGGAAGGAGAUAAUGUCUGUUAGAAAUGAUCAGGGAUACACACCCAUGAAGAAACUGAUUAGAAAAGCUCCUGAAGCUGCAAUGGUAGUGAUGGAUAGUUGUGUAGAGGAAUCAGACCACAGGAAGGAUGACAUGGAAUAUUCAUUAAAGUAUGACUUCCAUUACAUUGACCCUGGUCCUGAUGACCCCAGCUGUGAAAAUAGAAGAUAUUUUGCAUUAGAUACUAUGAUUGAGUUCAAUAGAGAAGAUCUGUUAUCCCACCCACUUACACAGAGCAUGCUCAUAAUGAAAUGGAGAAAGUUUGGGCGCUACAUCCUGUACAGCAACCUGUUUAUAUAUAUUGUUUAUGUGGCAACAUUGAACGUUUACAUGACACUGGUACCAGCAAUGGCAUCACCUAUUUUAGAUAACCUGCGUCACUGCCCAAUAUACCUGAAUGAGACGGAUGCUGCAAACGUGACUCUAGUUAAUAUCAAGAAAGAGGAAAGCUAUCUGUCCACACUAGAUAUAAGACAUCCAGCUUUGUUCACCAUGCAGAUUAUACUAGAAGUGUUCAUACUUUUACUGAUGGGAAAAGAACUAUUUAUGCUGUGGGGGCAGUUUUCUUGCAAGAAGAAAUGGCGAUAUUUCAUCAACCCAUACACUUACAUUAAUUGGAUGAUGAUGGCAUCUACCCUAGUUUUCAUCAAUCCACCAAACCUUUACCCGUGUGAGACAAACUGGCGAGGGGCAUGGAUAUCCUCUCUCUGUGCUUGGUUUUUACUUAUUUCAUACCUUCAGAGACUCGAUGUUAUUGGUAUAUAUUUUGUGAUGUUCAGUGAAGUGAUGAUGAGUUUAGCCAAGGUGAUGUUAGUACUUAUAUUAUUCCUGAUGGCCUUUGCCCAGGCUUUUGGUGCAGUUAUAGCACAAGUGCCUGGAUUUCGAGACAAUGAUGUCUUUCCAUUGACAGUGUUAGCUAUGACUCUUGGUGAGAUCAAUUUUGUGGACGUUUAUGUGGAACAAGACAACUCACCUUUCACUGCGGAUGCUUAUAUCAUAGUGACAAUGUUUAUGAUUGUUAUGCCAAUAGCACUUAUGAAUUUAUUGAUUGGUGUGGCAGUUGGUGACAUUGACAAGAUUCAGAAACAGGCAUACAUCAAACGUAUAGGGUUGCAGUCUGAACAAGUGAAUGACAGUGAGAACAGGUUUCCAAAGUCCUUACAGCGUCGUGUUUAUCAGAGGUUCUUUCACAUCAAACCUAAUGAAGAGAAGAAUACACGCUGGGCAAGGUUCAAAUAUUACAUGUUUGGGAUCACUACAUCUGUGGAAUUUAUUGCCCAGUCAGAGAAAGACUUUACAGUAGAGACACUACAGGAAAUACAGAGAAAUGUCUACAAAAAUAAAACCCAGUUGAGCCAGAUGCAGCACAAUAUGAGAUUACAACAAGAUUUACUAAGGAAUCUGUGUGACCAUUUCCAUAUAGAGAUCAAAAAUGACCAGUAUGAUAACAUCUCCAUAGUCAGUGACAGGACAGAGUUCCCAAACAGAUUUGACUUUGUCUAGUCACCAUUGUGCUUCUUUAUUAUGUCUCCCCUCCCCCUCUGGGGGGAGACAUAUUGUUUUUGCCCUGUCCGUCCGUCCGGUCGUCCGUCCGUCCGUACGUCACACUUCAUUUCCGAGCAAUAAUUGGAGAACCAUUUGACCUAGAACCUUCAAACUUCAUAGGAUUGUAGGGCUGCUGGAGUAGACGACCCCUAUUGUCUUUGGGGUCACUCCGUCAAAGGUCAAGGUCACAGAGGCCUGAACAUUGAAAACCAUUUCCGAUCAAUAACUUGAGUACCACUUGACCCAGAAUGUUGAAACUUCAUAGGAUGAUUGGUCAUGAAGAGUAGAUGACCCCUAUUGAUUUUGGGGUCACUCCGUCAAAGGUCAAGGUCACAGGGGCAUGAACAUUGAAAACCAUUUCCGAUCAAUAACUAGAGAACCACUUGACCCAGAAUGUUGAAACCUCAUAGGAUGAUUGAUCAUGAAGAGUAGAUGACCCCUAUUGAUUUUGGGGUCACUCCGUUAAAGAUCAAGGUCACAGGGGCCUGAACAUUGAAAACCAUUUCCAAUCAAUAACUUGAGUACCACUUGACCCAGAAUGUUGAAACUUCAUAGGAUGAUUGUACAUGCACAGUAGAUACCCCUUUCAAUUUUGGGCUCACUCCUUUAAAGGUCAAGGUCACAGGGGCCUGAACAUUGAAAACCAUUUCCGAUCAAUAACUUGAGUACCACUUGACCCAGAAUGUUGAAACUUAAUAGGAUGAUUGUACAUGUACAGUAGAUGACCCCUAUCGAUUUUUGGGUCACUCCGUUAAAGGUCAAGGUCACAGGGGCCUGAACAUUGAAAACCAUUUCCGGUCAGUAACUUGAGAACCACUUGAUCUAGAAUGUUGAAACUUCACAGGAUGAUUGUUCAUGCAGAGUAGAUGACCCCUAACGAUUUUGGGGUCACUCCGUUAAAGGUCAAGGUCACAGGGGCCUGAACAUGGAAAACCGUUUCCAAUCAAUAACUUGAGAACCUCUUGACACAGAAUGUUGAAACUUCAUAGGAUGAUUGAACAUGCAGAGUAGAUGACCCCUAUGGAUUUUGGGCUCACUCUGUUAAAGGUCAAGGUCUCAGGAGCCUGAACUCCAAUCAAUAACUUGAGAACCACUUGACCCAGAAUGUUGAAACUUCAUAGGAUGAUUGAACAUGCAGAAUAGAUGACCCCUAUUGAUUUUGGGGUCAGUCUAUUAAAGGUCAAGGUGACAGGGGCCUGGUCAUGUAAAAUCAUUUCUGGAAAAUAACUUGAGAACCACUUGACCUAGGAUGUUGAAACAUAAUAGGAUUAUUGGACAUGCAGAGUAGAUGAUCCAUAUUGCAGCCAACCAUCAGUGUCUCUUUGACUUUCGCUCCUGACCCCUAUUGACUUCUUGCCUAUAGGACUUUGCAUUGGGGGAGACAUGCGCUUUUUUACAAAAGCAAUUUCUAGUUUGUAACAGAAGUGUACAGUGAUUUUUCUACUGUAGAUAUUUAGUACACCAGAGUAGACUGAAACACUUGAAAAGACUAUGUAAAAGCCUGUUACACUGGUGUGCACUUCAAAUACUUUAAAUGCAGACGCCGGUGACAUGUGUAAGCCAACCUUUCUUCAUUGACAAGUAAUCCAGGCAUUGGAAAAGGUGUUUAAAUAUGCAUCAGCCAAAAUUUGGAAUAAAUACAAAACUAUUUUAUUUACAAAUAGUUUCGUAUGAGUUGUACUGAGUCAGUGUAAUGGAAAAUAAAAUAGAAUUAUCAUAGUAGUAACUCGAUCUGGGAUGCUAUAAUUGGCUCCAGAUCAAGCUACUAUUGUAAUGACCCUUUAUUAAUACCUCCACUUUUAUGGGUUUUUUAUUGUUAUUGAACAAAAUCAUAAUUAAUUGUCAAUGUUAAAACAGAAAUGCACUUUUCAUACAACUAUGUCAGGUUGUGCCUUUAACCUUUGCCUUGCUAAAUUACUAUAAUGAACUCGUCCAUCUUUCAAUUUGGACAGUACCAUUAACUGUAAAAAGGCGUGCAUACCAAAAAGAUACUGAUUGAAUGGCGAACAGUGCGGACCAUGAUCAGAUACGGAUGUGCAGGCUGAUCUUGGUCUGCGCUGGCCGCAAAGGCAGAGUUGCUGCCAGCAGGCUAAGGGUUUAACAAGAGGGUCAUGAUGACCCUGAAUCGCUGACCUGAGUAACAUGUUUCAAAUGGCAAACUGACGCUAAAAUAUUAAAAUAAAAGACAGUUUUAAGAUUGGUGUGCAAAAUUGUACAUUACUUCCAAAUUUCAAGGCUGUAUCUUGAAAAACAAGAAAGUAGGUCAGUAGGACAAGGUCACAGUCAAGUGAUCCCUAAUUGCUUGGGUUAUCAGGUAAUUAUAAUUAAACAGUCUAGAAAAUAUGACCUGAUAAUUUCUUAAGUCAUUUUUCCUAUAUAACAUAUAAUUAUAACAAGUGACCCACAGGGGAGGGCCUCUUUUCACCCCUGGGGGCAUAAUUUGAACAAACUUGUUAGAGAUCAACCAGGCAAUGUUACAAACUAAAUAUCAAAUGCCUCGGCCUUGAACUUUCAGACAAGAAGAUCUUUAAUUUUUUUCCUAUAUAAGUCUAUGUUAAACUUGGUACCCCUAGGGCAGGGCCUCUUUUCACCCUAAAGUCAUACUUUGAACAAUUUUUGUAGAGAAACACUAGGAAAGGCAACAUACUUAAUAUCAAAAGCCUAGGCCUUGCAGUUUCAGGCAAGAAGAUUUUUUAAAGUUUUUUUCCUAUAUACGUCUUUGUAAAAAAUGAGACCCCAGGGGCAAGGCCUCUUUUCAACCCAGGGGCAUAAUAUGAACAAUUUUGGUAGACGACCACAAGGCAAUGCUAAAUACAAAAUAUCAAAGGCCUAGGUCAUGUGGUUUUAGACAAGAAGAUUUUUCAAUUUUUUUUUACUUUAUAAGUCUAUGUAAAACUUGUGACCCCCAAGGCGGGGCCUCUUUUCACCCCAGGGGCACAAUUUGAACAAUUCUGAUAGAGGACCAUAAGAUGAUGUCACAUGCCAAAUAUCAAGGCUCUACACUUUGUGGGUUUGGACAAGAAGAUUUUUAAAUUUUUUUUCCUAUAUAAGUCUUUGUAACAAAUGAGACCCCCGGGGCAGAGCCUCUUUUAAACCCAGGUGCAUAAUUUGAACAGUUUUGGUAGAGGACCACAAGGCAAUGCUAAAUACAAAAUAUCAAAGGCCUAGGUCAUGUGGUUUUAGACAAGAAGAUUUUUAAAGCUUUUUACAAUGUAAGUCUAUGUUAAACUUGUGACCCCCAGGGCGGGGCCUCUUUUCACCCCUGGGACACAAUUUGAACAUUCUUGAUAGAGGACCAUAAGAUGAUGUCACAUGCCAAAUAUCAAGGCUCCACGCCUUACGGUUUUGGACAAGAAGAUUUUUAAAGUUUUUCCUUUUGGUUGCCAUGGCAACCAGAGUUCUGCAUGGAACUGAAUUCUUUGAACAAUUUUGAAAGGGGACCACCCAAGGAUCAUUCCUGUGAAGUUUGGUGUAAUUCUGCCCAGUGGUUUUCAAGAAGAUUUUUUUAGAAAAUGUUGACGGACGGACGACGGACAUCGAGUGGUCACAAAAGCUCACCAUGAGCCUUUGGCUUGGGUGAGCUAAUAAAAGUAGCCUGGCAACAUACAAUACAAAAGACAUAAUACGCAGUUUUUUUCUGAAUGUUCAUAUUGUGAAAUACAAGCUGUAUUUUUGACAGAAUUUACAAUUAUAAAAAUUAUAAGUAUAUAAUAAAUAUUUU